AUGGCGAUCUCGAGGCCCCGAAGCCGCGGCGUCCCCCUCAUCCCGCUGCUGCUCCUCAUCCUCCUCGCGCCGUUAAUCUACUCCGUUUCCAGGCUGCGCUUGAGCUGGGCGCCGGAGAGGGAGCUGGGCAUGCCGCCUCCCGCUCUGCCGAAGCGUCCCGACCGCUUCGUGCUCGGCCCUGCCGCCGGCCAGGGCCGCCCCGAUCGCCUCCAGUGCCAAGGACUUAAAGCUGUGAAUAAGAUAAGCUUGUCAAGUGAACCGGGAGAGCAUGUUUCUUUUGUUACAGUAUUCACAACCUAUAGUUCUGACCCAGCUGGGGCUGGCAAACGGUCAUCGGAUGUUGUAACUGUUGGAAAGCAUUUUUAUAGCAAGGAGGAAAGGUCCAUGGCCAUUCUUAACACUUUCAUCAGCUUCAUACAGGUGUCAAUGCCAAAAAGCAAUGUGAUAAUAUUGACUGAUCCUAAAUCCAAGUUGUCAAUAAAUCAAGGGAAGGCCUCAAUACUGCCUAUCGAGGGAAAUUAUUCUCGGGGCAACCUGAUGCUUCAGAGGAUCAAGUCCUACAUUGCCUUUCUAGAGCUAAAACUUGAGGAGGUUGACCGUGUGAACUGUGUUGUUUUCACUGACUCUGAUAUGGCAGUGGUUGAGGAUCUUGGACAUAUCUUCACGAGCUAUCCUCAUUGGCACCUUGCUCUUACUUUUCGUAAUAACAAAGGCCAACCCUUGAACUCUGGAUUUGUAGCAGUGAGAGGGACCAGAGAUGGCAUCUCUAAGGCUAUCGACUUCUUCAACGAGGUUCUUAAAGCAUACAAUCUAAAGUAUAUGAAGGCGUCCCGCAUGCUUGGUGAUCAGUUAGCACUGGCAUGGGUUGUGAAGUCUUAUCUACCAUCAGCCUUUGGGAAGUUUUCUAGGCAUGAAACAUUUACUGGUGAAGUCAAUGGAGCAUCUGUUCUGUUUUUGCCUUGUGAAGUUUAUAAUUGGACUCCACCUGAGGGUGCUGGACAGUUUCAUGGUAUGCCCUUGGAUGUUAAGGUUGUCCAUUUCAAAGGUUCAAGAAAGCGUUUGAUGCUCGAGGCAUGGGAUUUCUACAAUUCAACCUCUCAAUUAUCUGAUAUGUUGUGCCUAAUCUUGAAGAGUGGCAGAACAAAAUAUGACUUCUGA